AUGUCGCCAAUAACUGUUGCGAUCGUAGGCGGCAUCAUUACCGACUCCUUCAUCGAGAUCCCUCAUAUGCCAGCCCCGGGUCAAGUCGUGCUUGGAACUUCAAUACGGCACCGUCCAGGUGGCAAGGGCGCCAACAUGGCCGUUGCGAUGCACCGCGUGAGCCACCAAGAUCCAACUCGCAGGCAUGCUGUCUCGCGCCCCAGCCCUGCUGCUGAGAGGAAUGAUGUGCAUAUAUACUUGAAUGGGGCCGUGGGCGAUGACGAGGCCGGCGCACGCCUUCUCGCGGCCAUUGCUCAUAGCGGCGUCGAUGUGUCGCAGGUGCAAAUCUUGCAAGGCGUCCAGAGCGCAGCAGCCAUCAUGCUGCUUGGGACGGGCGGCGUGGGCAAUCCAGCACCCGGAAUCAUUGCGUUUCGAGCAGCGAGCAAGCAGUGGAGGCUUCGUGACCGGAAUGGGGUAGACUGUAUGGCCGCCGGCUUGCGACCAGACCUGGUCAUCUCGGACUUGGCGAUAUCUCACAGUGAGGCCGUGCAGGUUCUGGCCACUGCAAGGCGGCAGGGUAUUGAUACGAUGCUGAAUCCAGGGCCCGCGGUGCAUCUUGAGGCGUCUGUAUUUCGAACUGUCACGCACCUAGUCUUGAACGAGGAGGAGGCGUCGGUUUUAUUGGGUCGGGGACUUGAGGACCUGAAGACGAACCGUGAUUGGGCCGAGGCAACGGAGUGUUUCUUGCAGCUGGGAGUGGCGAAUGUAGUCCUGACUUUGGGGGACAAGGGAGCAUACUAUGCAACAAGUCUUGGUGAACGGGGGAUUGUAGAAGCGGAGAAAAACAUCGAGAUAGUAGACUCAACAGGAGCCGGGUACGUUUUCCCAUAA